AUGGCCGGGCAGUGCGCAACUUCGUCAAUCGCCCGCGUACCUUCAGCUCAGCGGGCGAACCUCGAGAACGGCUCGCACAACCUUCGCACUGUGACGAGCGCUGGUAGUAUGAUGUCGGAGGCGCAUUCCUUGGACGCUCCUCCCGCGUACACGGCAACAGCGCAUGAAGCCUCAAGCCCAGCAAGCCCCGUGGCUCAGAUACCUCCAGCUUACCAGAAGCGACCUCCGCCACUCUGCUUCAUCUGUCAUCCUGACAAUCAGGCCGCGAUCAACGCCGGUUCCGUAUGCUCUCGCUUCGAUGUGAAGGAGGGGUCGACCGGUCAUGGAAGUGACGCAGCCGAACCCGGUUCGACGAAGGAGGCGCCGAAGACUAUCUGUCAGGAUACUUGCGGUCCCUGGAGUCACUUCGGGACCGCGAUGUCCAUCAACUGGAAGGUUUCCAAGUGUACGGGCGGCGACAAAACCCGUAUGCAGUCAUGUUGUAAGAUCUACUCGCGAAAGACGGGCCUAUCAAACUCGGAACUUCAGAAAGCCGCCAAGCUGCUCGCCCAGGUCAGACUGGAUGCGGAUGAUGCCGAGGCGAUCUUGAAAGACGAGCGCUGGCUUCACUCUUCCGGAAUGGAUCAGAUAUGCGCUGGGCGAGUGAAGAAGAUGCUCGAGGAGCGCAAUACGAUGCUGAAGGAGCUGCAUGAGCGGGCGGAGCGUGCAGUGUCGGGGCAUGCCGAUCUAGCAAGCUUGAAGAAGAACUGA